AUGGCGGAAACAAACAAAAAGGAGGAAGUGAAAAAGAGUGAAGAGACAAGUGCUGUUCCUCCGGCAUCAUUGGUACCUGUUCAGCCCAUAGCUUUGAGUUCCAAGGAUAAGUCCACUAAGAGGUUAAUAGUAGUUUUAUCUCAGGCAUGCUUAGAAACCCACAAAAUGAAUACAGGUGGCCCAGGUGGUGAUAAGUAUGCGUUGUUAAACUGUGACGAUCAUCAAGGUCUCUUGAGAAAAAUGGGUAGAGAUAUUGCAGAAGCACGGCCAGAUAUAACCCAUCAAUGUCUUUUGACAUUGUUAGAUUCGCCAAUUAAUAAAGCAGGAAAAUUACAAGUUUACAUACAGACGGCAAGGGGUGUUCUUAUAGAAGUGAAUCCGAGUGUGAGAAUUCCAAGGACGUUUAAAAGGUUUUCAGGACUUAUGGUUCAGCUUUUGCAUAAAUUAAGCAUUAGGUCAGUAAAUUCAGAAGAAAAGUUACUUAAAGUUAUUAAAAACCCUAUAACAGACCAUUUGCCGACGAAAUGUAAGAAAAUAACUUUAUCAUUUGAUGCUAAGGUACAAAGAGUUCAAGAUUAUGUUCAAACUUUAGAUGACGAUGAAAGUAUCUGCGUAUUUGUGGGUGCAAUGGCUCGCGGGAAAGAUAAUUUUGCCGAUGAAUUUGUGGAUGAGAAGAUAGGACUUUCAGAAUAUCCCUUAUCUGCAUCUGUAGCAUGCUCCAAGUUUUGUCAUGGUUGCGAAGAUGUCUGGAGUAUUUAUUAA